AUGGCGACUGAUCUUGGGGCCACUGUUGGUGAGCCUCUAUCUUCCUCUCCAACUCCCAAGAAGUUCCGGCGCAGGCGCGCGGGUUUUCUUGAUCAGAGAUGGAAACGCCACCAUGAUAUGCACCGGAUCUCUGAUGAAAGGCCAGAGCAAACUAUUUUGCUGGCGGAGGGAGCUUCUGGCGCUUUGCAGAGUACUGGAUUGACUGCAGGCCAGGACAGACUGACGGUGGCCUCUGGAGGGCCGGAAGCCCCAGACAUGGACAGAUAUGUAUCAAGCUGUGAAGGGAGAUGUGGGGAAGGGUAUAAUAGGAAACAUGACUGCCAAUGUGAUAGUAGCUGCCAUCUCUACGCGGAGUGCUGCCCAGAUUACCAGAGAGUCUGCGUUGAAGACCUCUCCUGCAAAGGACGCUGCACGGCACACUUUGUAAGAGGGAAACCUUGUGACUGUGACCCUGACUGUAAGACAUUUGGCAAAUGCUGCUCAGACUUUGAAGAGGCCUGUCCAGUUGCUACAACGAAAGCACCAACAACCACAACUAUCACAACCAAGACUCCACAGACAACCACCACCCUUCUUCCAACCAGCACCACAACUAAACCGCCAACCACAACACCCAAAACAAAGUCAACAACAAAACGUUCACCAAAACUUAAGCCCAAGCCCAAGCCCAAGCCUAAACCAAAGCCUAAACCAAAGCCUUUAAAGAAGAAAAAGAAACAAAAGAAAGUAUCUCAUGAAGUUAUGGAAGAACAUUCUGAGCAGUCAUCAAUGUCAUCUUCUUCUUCUUCAAAAAUUCGGAGAACUAUGGCUUCAGUAAGAAAUACUGGUGAUAAACGCAAGAAGAAAAAUGGUAAAAAUGCUGAGGAGUUAGAAGAGGAAGAAGAAGAGCAAAGGAAAGCUCGUGAAUCAAAAACAAAAUUAAAAUCAUCAAAAUCCAUAAAAGUGAUCUCAGAAGAAGAUGGCAGUGGGGUUGGGAAUGCACUGACAACAGCAGGUGCCACAACUACUACAGCUAUGACAACAACAAGGCAGCCUUCCACCGCAACUACAACCAGGGUGCCAUCUACUACUACAACCACAACUGAGGUAUCAUCUACAACUACUAGAACCACAACUGAGGUUCCAUCUACAACUACUAGAACCACAACCAAACUGCCACCUACUACUACUACUACCACAACCAAAAUUCCAGCUCUUACAACAUCCACAUCUAACAUACCAGCUACUACAACAAUUACAAUGAAGCAGCCAACUACUACAAUGGCCACAACACGGCUGGCACCUACUACUACAACUACGACUAAUCUUCCCCCUACUACAACGGCUACUACCAAGCAGCCUUCUACCACAAUGGCCACAACAGAGGUGCCCACUACUAUGAAGACCACAACAAGGCUGCCAUCCUCAACUACUAAGCAACUUGACACAGAUUAUACAACUCAAGGUAAAAAAGGAAUUGUGGCAACUUUUGAAAACCAUGUUAGACAGACCCCCACACCCCAACCUGAGAAAGUGACCACAUCAUUGAGAUCUGCUACCCCUAAAUCAUUAAACUCACCAUCUAGCACUGCUUCUAAUAUCAAUAAACAACUGACAUUGUCUACUGUGACUAGUAUUAGGGCAAACACAGGUUCUGCUGUUCAGAAAACCACAAUCAGUCCAGCUAAAGAUACAAUGACAAUAUCUAAAAGAGAUACCCCUACUGCAACACCACAAGCUGUUGAAGACAGAAAUAAUGCAGACAACCAGGCUGUAACAACAGUAGGAAAAAGUGAAACAACAAAUGAAAGUGUUACAGCUACUGCAAAUAAAGACUCUGUAGCAACAGACAGUAAGGAAAGGACUACUAAUGUAGAUAUAUACUCAACUUUGUUCACAGACACACCUCAAACUGAAGAUCAUAGACAUGUCAGAACAGAAAGAAGUACUACAAAAACAGAGAUAUCAAUAACUCAUACAAGUGGCACCCCAAGUUCUAAUAACCAUAUUCAAAAAGGGAGCUCAGAAGAGACCACUACAGUUCCAGAUGCAUUAAGGACACAACCAGUCAUUUCAAGUGAAACAACAAAUAUAAGUGAUGUUGGCAAACUAGAAACAGCAGGAACACAGACAAAUCCAGGUGACAACCCAGAAAGGACUACUUCACUUGGAGAGACAACAACACAGUCCAAUUCAGGUGAUACAAGCAGUCUCUCUGGUGUUUAUAAAAGUGACAGUCAUGAAGGGAUUACUUCAAUCACUGGGACAUCAAUAUCACAGACUGAUCCAGGGGAUACAACUAGCCCUGGUGGUAUUGAUAAAGAUGAUAGACCAGACAGGACUACGUCAAUCAGUGAAACACCAAUUACACAGACUCGUCCAGGCAAUCCAACCAGUCAAAGUGAAGUUUUCAAAAGCGACAGGCCAGAGGGAACUACAUCAGUCACUGAGACAACAACACAGAGUGACCCAGCUGGCUCAAUGAGUCCUAGUGGCAUUGAUAAAAAUGACAGAUCUGAAGACACUACUACAGUCACUGAGACAACAACAACACAGAGGGAUUCAAGUGACUCAACAAAUCCUGUUCGUGUUGAUAAACCUGACAAAGGAGAAGUGACUCUUGCAAGCACUGAGACAAUAACAACACAGACUGAUACUGGCAAUACAGGCAGUCCCAGUGAUAAAAGUGACAACCCAGACAGAGGUAUGCUAGUCUCUGAGAAUCCGCUAUCACAUAGUGAUCCAGGUGAUACAACCAAUUCUAACAAAGCUAAUAAAAGAGACAAGCCAGAUGAAAUGACUACAGUCACUGAAACAGCAGGGACACAAACAAUUCCAGGUGAUACAACUAGUCCCAGCAAUUUUGAUAAAAGCAGCAACCCAGACAGGACUGUUCCAGUCACUGAGACAACAAUAAUGCAGACUAAUCCAGGUGAUAUAGCCAGUCCCGAUCAUGUUGAUAGAAGUGACAAACUAGACAAAACUACUCCAGUCUCUGAGACACUGAUAACACAGAGUGAUCUAACUGAUACAGCCAACCCUAAUAGUGUGGAUAAAAGUGACAAACCAGAAGAAACUACCACAGUCACCAAAACAAGAACAAUACAAACAAAUCCAGGUGGUACAACCAAUCCUGAUGAUAAUGACAAAAGUGACAAACCAGAAGAGACUACUACAGUCACUGAGACAACAGUAACACAGACUGAUCCAAAUGAUAAAACUACUCCCAGCAGUGUUGAUAAAAGUGAUAAACAGGAAGAGACUACUACAGUCACUGAGACAACCAUAACACAGACUGAUCCAAAUGAUACAACUAGUUCCAACAAUGUUGAUAAAAAUAAUGAAGCCGAGGGCACUACUACAGUCACUGAGACAACAGUAACACAGACUGAUCCAAAUGAUACAACUACUCCCAGCAGUGUUGAUAAAACAGAUAAACCAGAAGGGAGUACUACAGUUACUGAGACAACUAUAACACAGUCUGAUCCAAAUGAUACUAGUCCCAAUACUGUUGAUAAAAGUGAUCAACCAGAAGAGACUARUAWYAUCACRGAMACAACCACAACACAGGCAAAGCCAGWAGAUACAAGCAAUCCCAAUGUUGAUGACAAAAUUGAUAAACCAGAAGGGACUACUAUAGUCACUGAGACAACUAUAAUACAGACUGAUCCAAAUGAUACAACUACUCCCAGUGGUGUUGAUAAAACUGACAAACCAGAAGGCAUUACUACAGUCACUGAGACAACAGUAACACAGACUGAGCCAAAUGAUAAAAAUACUCCCAGCAAUGUUGAUAAAAGUGAUCAACCAGAAGAGACUACUAUGAUCACUCAGACAACCACAACACAGGCAAAGCCAGUAGAUACAAGCAAUCCCGAUGUCGAUGACAAAAGUGGUAAACCAGAAGGGACUACUACAGUCACUGAGACAACCAUAACACAGACAGAUCCAGGUGAUACAACUAAUCCCAGUGAUGUUGAUAAAACUGACAACCCAGACAGAACUAUUCCACUUACAAUAAUUACAGAUUCCUCCAGUGACCCACCUACUCCUCCGAAUGAUGACAAAAGUAAUGAAAAGAGUAUUACAGAGACCAGCUUGGCUAGUAGCACCCCAAGCCCUGUUAGUGAUGACAAAAAUAACAGACCCGAAGUAACCACUACAGUUUCAAAGAUUAUAAUAACAGAUCCUUAUCCAGAAGUUGUGACACCCAGUCCUGAUGGUGACGACAAAAAUGACAGACCUGAAGGAACUACUACAAUCACAGAAAUAACCAUAACUGACCCCUUGAGUGAUUUAUCUACUCCUGGGAAUGAUAAAAUUACACCAGAGAAGACUACUGAAGUUACAGAGACAAUCAUAACCCAAACUGAUUCAGCGAAUGGCACACCAAGCCCUGUUGGUGAUAAAGAAAUAAAUCAGAGGCCAGAAAUUAUCACUACAGUCACAGAGACAAUAAUAACAGAAACAACAAAGGAUAAACCCACCACUAGUCUUGAUGACAGAAACAACAGUCCAGAAGUGACUACUACAAUCACAGAAACAAUUGUAACUGAGUCCAACCCACUCAGCCCUACUGGUAUUCCUGAAAAUGUUUCUUCAACAGGAAAACCAGAGCUCCCAGAAGAAAUAACACAAACUGAGCCACCAAAUGAUGAGCCUAAUCCCAAUACUGAUGAGAAUGGUGAAAGGCCAAAAGAUAUUACAAAAAUAAUAGAGACAACAGUAACAAACUUACCACAGAGUACACCAAAUCCUGAUGAACAGGAUAAUCCAACUAAAGUUACAGAAACAACCACGACCAUCACAACAGAAUCCAAACCACUGAGCGAUUCCCCUAAUUCUGAUGAAAUUGACAGGCCAGACAGCAUCACUACAGUCACAAAAACAACUACAACUACCACAACAGAAUCAAGUCCUAGCACAGGUGACAGUGACAAAAAUGACAAUCCAGAAGUCAUAACUAAAAUUACACGGAUAGUAACUACUACAACUACAACCACCACCACAACUCAAUCCAAUACUACAGAACAUCCAGAAACGACUACACAGAAUAUUACAACUAAUACAAAAAUUGAUCUUGUUUCAGAUAGAGAACCGACCAAGGAAAAUCCAACUACAAAGAAUACAAAUACUACAGUAAAAGAAGAGACUACAAUUUCCUCAAUAACAUCAAAACCUGUCAACACCCCAUCCUCUGCUGAAGACCAGACUACAAGACAAAUGUCCCCAUCACCUGCUGAACGUAUACCAACAACAAGAAGACAGGUGACUUAUUAUCCAACUACAACAUACUCUACAAUUACUACAACUAGACUUCCAGACAGAAUUACCAACAGAACCAUGCAAUACUUUCGACCAGAAAGGAUUGUCAGACCUCUACUUUACAAAGAUAUACCUGAUGAGAUGAACUUGUGUAACCGGAAGGCAGCAGAUGGAAUUGUGCCUUUACGAAAUGGAUCAUUAGCUGUUUUCAGAGGUCAUUACUACUGGCUCCUGAAUGGAACAACCCCACCAACACCUUCUCCUCGUAGAAUUACUGAAGUUUGGGGUGUCCCCUCCCCCAUCGACACGGUCUUCUCUAGAUGUAACUGUGAUGGUAAAACCUUUUUUUUCAAGGAUUCUCAGUACUGGCGCUUCACCAACGAUGUAAUGGAUGUUGGCUAUCCCAAACUAAUCAUAAAAGGAUUUGGAGGACUAAGUGGAAGAAUAACAGGAGCACUCUCUGUAGCUAAACAUAGGAACAGACCUGAAUCUGUAUAUUUCUUUAAAAAAGGUGGGAAUCUCCAACAAUACACCUAUAAACAAGAAGGACCAAAGAAAUGCAAGAAGAAAAUUGUGUCUGUGAAGUAUCCGAUCUAUAAACCAAAAGCUGUCAUUAGAAGACGGCGGCGUUUUGAACGUGCAGUCAGACCACAACAUUUCAUCCGCAGCGUCAGGGUCCAGCAUUACCCGGUUAGAGAUUAUUAUGUGUUUGCAGGAAUACUGCAGCCAGAGGUCAAAGUGACAACUUACUGGAGAGGAUUUCCAAAAGAAGUAAAUUCUGUUAUUUCAGUUCCUAACUAUCAGAAGCCAGAUGGCUAUGAUUACUAUGCAUUUUCUAAAGAUCAAUAUUACAGCGUGGAUGUGGGGAGCAGAAUAGCAAGACCAGUCACACUUCAGACUGGACAGACUGUUUCCAACGCUUGGUACAAGUGUCCUGCAGAAUGAUGUGGAGACUCCAAGAGCAGAAAGAAAUGCUGUCCUUUUUGACAAUUUCUCUCAUUUUUAUUAAUAAAAUACAAUGAAAUGUUCAUACACCAA